AUGAAUGCUGCCCAAGACUUUCUGAGACGAUGUUGGAGUUGGUUGAAGCAUCGUCUCUAUCAACUCUGGAGCCUCCUUCUUUGGGUGUUUGAUUUUGUUUGUUGUUGUGGCUGUGUAUACGAAGAGGAGGACGAUCCUGAGAAAGGAAAUUCUAUUGUUCAGGGAAAAGAUAAUUUGGGAACACAAAAGGUAGCCAGCUCAACAGGAAUGGCAGCCCAAGUCCAUAAGGUGAUCAUGGUCGGUAGUGGUGGAGUCGGAAAGUCGGCGCUCACUCUUCAGUUUAUGUAUGAUGAGGUAUAUAUUUUAUACCUUUUUGAAUUUGCCGACUGUACUUUUUAAUCAAUAUAUUUUUUAGUUCGUCGAAGAAUACGAACCGACAAAAGCUGAUUCUUACAGGAAAAGGGUGGUCUUAGAUGGAGAAGAUUGUUCUGUGGACAUAUUGGAUACCGCUGGUCAAGAAGAUUACUCUGCUAUCAGGUAAGCCUUCUCUUAACAUAUUUAUAUGUCGACAAGGAUUGCUUCUGGUGAAAUUAUACGUAUAAGAAUGCAUACAGGAGUAAAGAAAUACGAAGCAAAACGCUAAAAACGCUCAUCCAUAACUUUUUUUUAAAUAGAAUAAGCAAUGUGGCCUACAUUAGAAAAAAUCACGAGAAUAAAUUUAGCGUCUUUUUGGAAUUCCUAGAGUCGUUUCAUAUUUCUUUACUAUUAUAUGUACAGAAUAUGUGUAUGGAGAUUGAUUCCAGUUUCUGAAUAUUCUUUGUUUUAGAGACAAUUAUUAUCGAAGCGGCGAGGGAUUUAUUUGCACAUUUUCGAUCACCGAUGCCGAAUCAUUUGAAGCGACAAAUGAAUUCCGUGAGCAAAUACUGAGAGUCAAGAAUUCAGAUACCUCUAUCCCCUUUAUUUUGGUAGGCAACAAGGCAGAUAUGGAAUCGGAAAGAGCUGUUUCACAGGCGCAGGCACAGCAGAAGGCCGAAUCCUGGGGCGUGCCAUAUGUCGAGACGUCGGCGAAAACGAGGAAGAACGUGGAUUCAGUAAGAAAUAUCACCUUAUUCCUUAAUUACAAUGAUCAUUAGGAGCAAACAGACAUCGUACAGGCUGUAUUAUACUGACGCUCGUUUUCAGGUCUUCUACGACCUAAUGCGUGAGAUCAAGAGGGCCAAAGGUGUAACUUUUGGGACUACUGCCCCAGCAGAUCAAACAGGGGCUAGUCGGAAAAGAGCAAGACGUUCAUGGAAGAAGUGCACAAUCCUGUGA